AUGUCUACUAUUUACCCACAUUGGUUGAGAGCGGUCACCGUAUACGGUGUAGUGUGGUACUUUCGCAAUACAUCCCGCACCCAGGAUGUUGCCCUGGCUUUUUCGAACAGCCUAAAUCUUAGCGAGGACGUUCUGGCAGCGGUACUGGAGCGUGCGGAACGACUUGCUGCUUCGAGAGGCACAAAGAUACUCGUCACAAACUUGGCCAAAACCUGUGUCAUGGCUAGCGGGACAGCGUCGAGCGUCGUCCGCGACUUCUUUCUCGCCCAAGAAGUCAUGUGGAUGCAGAUGGAUUUGCUCCCAUGUUACAUCAAGCUCCGGGUCUUUGGUCCUGGCUAUGACCAGCUCUUAGUCAACGAGAGGUUGCGAGCCGUGGACAGAAUCACCGAUGACAACAACUCAGCCACAAGAGGACCGUUGUUGAUACCAUCUGCCACUUUAGAGGACGCGGUUGACUUGGUCCCGUCCGAUCCCGUCAAAGUGUCCACGGUAACCCCCGUGCAGGAACUCACAGCGACCGAGCUUGACGAAACCGCAAUAUCUGCUGAGUUCGUGCUUCCAGAAACUCAUAACAGCGCCACCGCGACACUCGCCAACGAUCGAAUCUUCCGGGCUUCUCAAGCUACUCCCGUGGAAGAUAUCAGUGAGCCCAGUCGCGGCAACGAUGCUGAGCCGGCGACGGAGACGGCGGGAGACAUUGCCAAGAAACUCAGCGCUUUCCAGCACUGCCCAGGCAUCACCAGCGAUGGUACGAAAUGCAGCCGCCGGAGGAUCAUGACGCCAGAGCGCAGCACGGAGAGAUGGUUCUGCUCCAAGGCCCAUCGCAGACAGUGGCAUGAUGGUGAGACCAUCACUAGGUAG